CCCGACACCGACGCACAGGAGACAAUGACGCCAAAGUCUAGCGGUAAAGCAGCGAAGAAAGCCGGUAAGGCUCAGAAGAAUAUAUCGAAGGGUGACAAGAAGAAGAAGCGCAAGAGGAAGGAGAGCUACGCUAUCUACAUCUACAAAGUCCUGAAGCAGGUCCACCCAGACACUGGUAUUUCGAGCAAAGCUAUGAGCAUCAUGAACAGCUUUGUCAACGACAUUUUCGAGCGCAUUGCCGCCGAAUCGUCUCGUCUAGCUCAUUACAACAAGCGCUCGACGAUUACAUCUCGGGAGAUUCAAACUGCUGUUCGCCUUCUGCUUCCUGGAGAACUUGCUAAGCACGCUGUCAGCGAGGGUACUAAAGCUGUCACCAAAUACACCAGCUCGAAAUAAGCGCGACUGCCUCAAUUUGUUUACGAAUCGGCCCUUUUCAGGGCCACUAAUCAUUGUAAACGCUAAAGAACGAUAUUUCACAGAUGUAACAGUCUGAAGUGUGUCAGGGGUAAUUGUACAACCUUUUAUGGCGAAUUGUUUGACGAUUUGGUGAUCUCGUUAUUUUUUUAAGUGUCCAAAUAUCUGCAUACCUUACUAUCACGUCAGAAUCUUCUCCCGCAAUGUGUAUGAAAAAGUUUCAGUAUAUUAUACAGAAUUCGGGCGCAAUGCGUUGAAUAUCAGACAACUUCGUACGUGAA